AUGGCUGCUCCCAUGGUGGCACAUGUGGAGAAGAUGUUGAAAAAGGCUGAGCGAUGUGCCCAUUACUACCAAGACCAGCAGCUCAACAUACUGGGCUCGAUGAUGGCAAAGCUGCAGCUAUUUACAGAGUGAGUGACUCAGAGUGCUAUUUCUGUAUUAUUAAGAUAUAGAUUGGCAGACCUGUCACCAUGUUAACAUGGAUACCACCUAUUACAUAUAGUUUCAGAUCAUUUGUAUAAACCGCAAUGGAGUAUGCAUUCACCAAUGCCACAUACCAUAUUAAAGCUCUUCCUUUAUUGUCCCCCUAUUCUUGCUUUCAUCUUUUUCUCCCAGUACCUCGGCAAAGCGCUGUAAGGAUAAACAUCUUGAUGAAGCUGCACAGUUAUUAGGGUCUCCAGAGCACGUUUUGGGGCAACUGUCUGAUGGGGACAUCCUUCCAUUGCUUUGUUAUAUAUUUAGGUGCCAGCUUGAUUCAUGCAAUAGCACCAGCUCGUUCCAGAAAUUGGAAAAGGUAAGUUAAUUUGUACUUGUAGGUGCUGGCAGUGUGGACCUCUAUUUCUUGAAAUCCUUAAUAAUGUAUUCUAUUUGAAGGGGAAAACCAAUUCUUUUUCUCAAGAGGUUUCUGUUUGGGAGGAUACUUGUUUAUAAUUUUUUAAUAGUAUUACUUGUUUAUGUUCUAAAAUGAUUCGUUGUUAAAAUAUUAGAGUUUAAUCUUUAAACAGUAACCUGCAAAAUGUUGGAUCGAAUAGCUAAUUAUGAAAUAAACUCCACUAUAGUAAUUGAUCACUUUAUCCUAAAUUUUGCAAGUCCGCUUUCAGUUCACCAAAAAAUUCGCAGUUUACUGAAUAUACCCUGUUAUUGUAAAAAAGAAAACAACAACAACAAAUUACCUUUACAACACAUUAUUGCAGUACCAGGGAACUUGUUUUAUUAAACUCCAGUCAGUAUUAAGGAUGUAUGUGAAUGGUUAAAGGAACACUAUAGUCACCUAAAUUACUUUAGCUAAAUAAAGCAGUUUUAGUGUAUAGAUCAUUCCCCUGCAAUUUUACUGCUCCAUUCACUGUCAUUUAGGAGUUAAAUCACUUUGUUUCUGUGUAUGCAGCCCUAGCCACACCUCCCCUGGCUAUGAUUGACAGAGCCUGCAUGAAAAAAAAAAAACUGGUUUCACUUUCAAACAGAUGUAAUUCACCUUAAAUAAUUGUAUCUCAAUCUCUAAAUUGAACUUUAAUCACAUACAGGAGGCUCUUGCAGGGUCUAGCAAGCUAUUAACAUAUCAGGGGAUAAGACAAUCUUAAUUAAACAGAACUUGCAAUAAAGAAAGCCUAAAUAGGGCUCUCUUUACAGGAAGUGUUUAUGGAAGGCUGUGCAAGUCACAUGUAGGGAGGUGUGACUAGGGUUCAUAAACAAAGGGAUUUAACUCCUAAAUGGCAGAGGAUUGAGCAGUGAGGCUGCAGCGGCAUGUUCUAUAAACCAAAACUGCUUCAUUAAGCUAAAGUUGUUCAGGUGACUAUAGUGUCCCUUUAAAUGGGAAAACAAAAUGUCCCCUACUCAUAUUGCAGAUAAAACCAGCACUCAUUAGGGCACUUAAAAACCACCCCUAUUUAUUAAAUAUAAGACACUUGGAAAGUGCAGAACAAUUACAGUACAGAUUGGAUACAGAAAUAAACUCUACCUACCAACCACUAAAGAGGUGGUGCUUUGUUACAGUGCACAGCAACUUGGAAAGCAGGUCACUCUCUGACCAUGAAUUGAGCCAUGCAUUGUAGGACUUGGCUUAGGAGAGUUAGAAAAAGCUGUUGUGGUUAUGGUGGUUGAGUGUUCCUUUAAAGGUUGGAACCCUAGAGUUGUUUUUAGAGAGGACAGCAGUGCAUGCUUGUCCCUUUUUCUACACAGAUUUACAACCCACCACUGAUUUGUAGGAUCAAAUCAUAAGAUCAGAAUCUUAAAUGAGAAAAGAAAACUUAAUUAGCAACCACACUUAUAGUAACUGCCAGUGAGACUGGGUUUCCAUGCACGGUCCUGCUAUUCUACGUUUUAAAGUUUGAAUAUUACUCCUAGUAUUUACAUUUUCUUUUCCUUUUUAGCUUCUUCUGAAGUUCUCCCAGGUUAGGCCACACUUGGUGUCACAAGAACGAGAAUCCUUGCUGACCAGUCUGUUACAGGGCGUAGAGGUGAGUGUGCAAAUGGUGGCAGUUGCUAAACAUUUAGUACAGGACAAAUGAUAACGCUGUACUUUUCUUAUUAUGGCAACAGGAGUGCAUAAGAUGUUGCAUCUUUCACUUCCAGAAACUGAAAUGAUUAAAGGAACACUCCAAGCACCCUAACCGAGCUAUAGGGAUUAUGGUGCCAAGAGUGUCUUUAUGCCUGUUGUAUGUAGUCAAACCAAUUUUACAAUCGUUUGAUUUCUUACCUGUGGGCCAUCGGGCACCGCUGCCAUCUUCACUUAAGUCCUGCACUGUCAGAUGUGGCUCCGAGAACUUCUGGGUCUCCAUAUAAACUAGCGGAGGAGGGAAACCGUUCCCAGCAGACCCCAGGUAAGAAGUCAAACAUUUCAAAAACUAUUUGACUAGUUACAUUGUGGCAGCGCCAGGGCACUCUUGGCACCAUAACCACUACAGCUCACUGUAGUGGCUAUUGUGCAUGGAGUGUUUCUAUAAACAAUGUUUGCAGAAUAUUGGAAUAGGAGAAACAAACUAAUGAAUGUACUGCUGUAUCAAACACUCUAUUAUCCCCCCCAGUACAAUCAAACUUGAAUAAUUGACAAAAGUUUACAUGGUGUCUGAAAAUACAUUUAAAGGGACACUGUAGCACUUGUAACUGCUUUUUCUCAUUGAACUGGUUACAGAGUCUGCAGUCUCCUGGUGCCAUCCUUUUAUUCGAAGUUAAACUUUUUUUUUUUUUUUUUUAAUGCUAAACGAGCGUCCCCAGCAGCCCAUUCUCUCUGUGCUACUUGGGGCAAUGAGGAAGCAUUAGCCUGAGCAGCAAUGGAUAACUGUGAUUGUCUGAAAUUGUCUGCUUUCAGCCUAUCAGUGAGUGAUCUCUAAGCCACACCUCCAGUAGGGAAUGGGCUGUGGGUUGCCAGGGACCCUUAUCUAGUGUUCAACUGCUUGAAAAUGUUUUAAUACGGAAUGGAGGGACAGUGGCAGGGAACUCUUGGCACUAUAACCUAUUCCUUGAGAAGAAAUGUUUAUAGUGCUUACAGUCUCUGAAAAGGCAGUGUAGAGACAAGCUGUAGUCACCAGAACCACUACAUUAUGCUGUAGUGGUUCUGCUGACUAUAGCCUGUCCCUUUUUUAAUGAUGUAUUUAUUUAUUUUUUGUUGAAAAUAAAGCUUUGUUAGUUUAAAAAUAAAAAAACAACAAACAAAAAAAAAAACCCAUAACAAAAACUGACUCCUAACUUUUUUAACUGUCUCCUUACAUUGAAGACAAAUGUGUCAAGCCCUGUAUAUUCAAUGAAAAAUACAAAGAUUUACUCACUUUUCCUCCAUUCCAGAACCACCAUCUUCUUGCUUUUUAGGGUGUUACUCUUUGUGAAACACCCACCUCUGGACCGCCCUCCACUGCAUCUUUGUUCUUCUUUGCUUUGCCCUGUUUGGGACGGAUCCACAAGCAGGGCAAAUGUCCUCAGUGAUGUCAGUACACUUGCUUCGUUGCCAUUGGUGGAAUGGAAAGAAGUCCGGCUAGGGAGUUUCCAUUGCAACCACAACUGCAUGCUCUGUGGUUGCUAUGGGAGGAGAGUAGUGGGACCUCCUGUGGGAGGUCUUUUCUGCUCUCUCUUGCCAGUCAAUGCCUUGGCACACCGAUGCAUUGAUGCACAGCUGGGAGAAAAAUCUAUUUUUAAAUAGGUUUUUCUCCUAAUAUAUACAUUUGUUAGCAAAACUGCUAGCACAAUGUAUAAAAUCAAAUGCCUAAUCUAAUGAGCAUAAGUUGUUUGGGGCAAGACAUGUGUCCUUUAAGGGUGUAACCCCAGUGGUUAAAUCCAUGAAGGAUACAAUCUAACAGGAAGAGGGCAGUACAGUGCAUAGUGAAUGCAACUAUUGCUGCAGCCGAUAUUAUCAUUUUAUCCUCCCAUACAAGCACUCCUCUGUAUUUUUGUCUACAGGUGUUACAACUCAGAGACCUUCAGACAGGUAUGACUUACUGCUUCUAUCACAGUUUUCUGUUUUAACAUAUUUCUAUAUAGCUUUAACUAAUUCUCUCCUAACUCAUUUCUCUUAAAUAAUUAGAUCCUAUUUUCUUUUGCUGGCUUGUGUAUUUUCAGUGUACACUUGUUUCAAUUUCACUGUUUCAAAUGUAUAGAGCUAAACACACAUACAAAUAUUGUAUGUGUAUUAAAUACAAGCUAAAACUAUUCACUAAAAAUCCAUUUUAAUCCUGUGAUGGACAUAUUUUUUCGUAAAUGAUUGGAUUCUGACUAAAUAUGAAAUGUGUACUAAAGGCAAAUACCAUUGAAAUUCAGUCAUUCAUAAAAUUAUGUGUCUGGUUUGAAAUCACUUUAUUAAAUAUCAGAAUCCUAUAUUUUAAAUAGAAAUCACAUGUGAAAAUGACCGUAUGUAAGCCAGAUUAUGCUUGGACACAAAAAAAAAAUAAUAAUUAGUAAAUAGUUUAACUUUACCAUUUAGCAAGUACAUUUUAGAAAUCUUGACUAUAUGCCCACUGACAGCACUAGUACCCAGUGUGCAAGCAGCUAAAAAUAACUCUUGGCAGCAUGGAAUUGGGCUUUUUUAAGGAAGUGAGCAGUAAUUGCUGCCAAGCCCAGUUUAGCAGAUAGGGCCAACAUUAUGGGAAAUAAUUCUCACUAUGGUUACAUGGAAAUCAUAUUGACGCCUGAUUUUUUUAAAAAUUUAUUUAUAAAUUUUUGUGGCAGCUGGCAAGUUGUUACAUACGAAACCAUUGCACUGCUGUUGAUUAUUUUGAACUACUUCAGCUAGAACUACCAGAGGUAAAGUAAAUAGGAUAUUUAAAAAACAUUUUUACAUCUGGUCCCAGAUUUCAACUGUCCGGUAUCAUAUGAACAGGACGAAAACCAGAUACAAUUCUGGUUUGCUCAAAGCCAAAAUCACAAAAUCCAGACAUUGUUAAAUAUUGUGAGCCUGAUGACUUUUUUGUCCAGUUAGAUUUUUCUUAGAUUCUUUGGGGAAAAAAGUUCAAGCACGGAAAUUCCAUGAUUUGCCAAUCUAGUAGCAAACAUCAUUGCACCAAAAUUACUUAGUUAGGUUAAGUGGUUUUAGUGCUUAGAGUGUCCCUUUAAUAUACAAUGUAUCUAUUAUUUUUAUUCCUCUGUUACUCUCUCACUCCACUCACCCUUGCCACGUGAUAUUUUUUUUCUUUAUUCUUCGUCCUCUAUUUAGUAUGUAUGUAUCUGGAAGGGAGCCCGGCAAGCCAGAAUUACUUUAAGGAGAACAUCCACUCUGUACUUUCUGUUGUACAAUCUACUUUUUCUGUAGUUCUUCAAGACAAAACCACCAAGGGCAGUGAGCAGUGCUAUCUGAUUGUCAAGGUAAGAUGUUAGGAUUGGGGUGGACAGGCAUUUAGUGAAAAUAACAGGAUUAAAAUGCAAAUGUUUGUAAAUUCAAAUUGAAUUUCUAAAUGUAGGCUCAAAUGAACACCACUUACAAGAACAUUUAUCUAGUCACCAUUGACAUUACGAGGCGGAGAUCGACUUAAACACCUGUAUAUACAGUACAUUGACUUCUAUCAUAAGAAGUAUAUAGUAUAAUUCAAUUAAAGUCAGAGGUUUUGUGUGUAUUCGUUUGGCACGUAGAAUAGCAUAUACUUUUAUUAUUUAAUGUGAUUCUACAUUUCUUUUUUUUAUUUACAUUGAAAUGAAAACAUGGCUAACUUUGUGACUUAAAAUUUGAAAUUUAUUUUUUAGGGUUUUUUACUAACUUGAGCAUUGUCGGAAAGUCUAUGUGAAUUUAGACAUUUAAGCUAUUCUUACUAAAUUAGAAGAUUUCUCCAAGUCAAGUCUGUGUUCAGUUUAGUUUUUUUUUUUUUUGGCUCUAAAUUUAAAAAAUCACUUAACUCUCACUUUAGUGAAUAACCCUCUAAGACUUCCUAACAUUAAUGAAUAAAUCUUUUUGAUUAAGGCCUCAAUUUAAUACUCUUUCUUAAUGGUUUGAUACCAUUUUUAAAGAACAUUCCAAAUUAUUUAUAAUCAUUUUAUUUAAAAAUAUUCUAACCACAUUACAUCACUUGGGAAAAUUUAUUGAAUUGAAAACUAAGUUUUGUACCUAUUUGAUCAUCAUUAGAUAAACUUACAUGUACAUGUUGAAUAGUAUUCUCCCAUUGUUAUGCAUGGUUCUGUUUUGUGAUUAAAAUUGUAAAGAAUAUUGGUAUUAUAUAGAGCCUGAACUGUGUUCUUCAUGUUUUUUCUCCAGAUAUGUCUUCAGAUAUUCAGGAAACUGGCAGAAGAGAUCAUUCCACAGAUUUGGACCCCUGCUUCUAGUCCAAACUCCAUCCAAACCAUCCUGGAAUUCUUGGUGCAAGUCAUGAUAGCUCAAGUAGGUAUUGCAUUUGAAACCUUUUUUGUGUUUAUAUAAGAUUAUCAGUUUGUUCACUUUCAUCAGUUUACACUAGAGCGUUGUCCCUUCAUCUCACUAGUCUUUGUGAUGCUGGGUGCUUGCCUGCCAUGUCGUUAUUUUAGCCACCAUUAUGUUGUCCGAUUGAAGAUGGUGUCAGUCCUGCUUUUGGACAGCAGCAUAGUCUCAGAUGUGUUGGCAUGUGUGUAUUACAGUUUAAAAUGUAAUUUAAUACCCUGUAAUACAUUAAACCACUGAGAGAUAUAUAUAUAUAUAUAUAGCCUCUCAAAAUGUCCAUGCUUACAGUGUGUUGCGACUUACAUAUUAACAUUUGUCUUUUAUAGGAUGCAAGCAGAGAUACCAGGCUAUUGGCUGGUACAGCAAUCGCUUCACUAGUAAACACAGCACCCUCGACGGAGUUAGGAGCCCAAGCUGGAUUGAAUCUGGUCCUGUGGCUAAGAGACUGUGAGUCACCUGCUUACAUCUGGCAUAGAAUGUAGCAACUUGCUUUUUAAAGGAUUGGUACUUUUUUGGUUUAUAAGAGAUUCUGUAUUCUAAUUCAAGUUUUAGGAUUUAGAAAGUGACUAAUGGCUUGUUUCUGGCAGGUACUGGGAAGGUGAGAUUUGGGGGGCUAUCUGUGUCCAUGCCAUGCUCCCCCACAGAUGAAGUUGGACUACUGGCUUUGAUCCGUGGACUGCUGACAUGUAGCCGUGCAGAUCUCCUUUCCUAUGAGCUACGGGCUUCUAGCCAGGUUAGAAUACUAGAAUUAUCCUUGUAUAUGCUAGUUAAAUUGCUAACAAAUGCAUAAAUACAUUUUCCCCCAAGUUAUGUAUUUAAUUUUGCAUAUUAGCAUAGGUCAUAAAAUACUAUAAAUAGGGACAUCAGAGUUGUGGUGUGGAAGGUUUCAUCGUUUUUUUUUGUUUGUUUGUUUUUUAAAUCAUCUGGAAUCAUCAAAACAAACAAAGUAACUCCAGCAAGAUUUUAUGCAUGAUACAUUAGAGACAUACAUACACCUUUUAUUCAUGGAGGGUCGCUUUAAAGGGUUACCUCAAGCAUCAUGACCAUUUCAUUGAUUUGAAAUGGUCAUGGUGCCUGAAGUCUGUAUGUGCAGUGUUUUGCAUUUGAAAGCUACACAAAGAGAGAUUAACUUGGAAGCUGCCAGAUGUGUAACUCCACCUCUGUUAGCAUCAUUUGGCAGCCCAGAACAAAGGUUCGGGCUGCUAAUGUCAGUGCUGUGCAAAAUUUGCAUCGGAUGCUAUUCUAGGCAUGCUGGCACCAGAGAGCCAUAUAACAAUCCAAAUGCUUGUUUCAGUACAUUAGCUGUAAUGAUCAUGGUGCUUAGAGGUUUCCUUUUAAUGAAUAUUUCUUACGUAUUGCCUGUUAUUGGAACUGAGUCAGUUUUGUUUAUUGCUCAGGAAAAGACCAUGCUGGAACAUCUCUUUCUUGUGAUUAGCUCUAUGUGUAAGGGACAAACCGAAGAAUAUUACAGCUUCCAAGGUGAGCAGCCAAUAUUUUUAAUAUAUAUAAAUUUUUUUUUGUUAUUUGAAUUUAGGUUAGAUAAGAUGUACUGACCUGGCUCCAUCAUUUUUGCAGUUCUGUGCCUCUGGUUACAGCGCGUGCGUGACCAAAUAGCUGAGAUCCUGCUUGUACGGAAUGGAUUAUUGGUGGCAAACAAUGGGGAGAUCCUUUCUGAAGUUACUCGGCUUCUUUGGGCUGGUGCUGAAAUGCCCGUAAGUUUAAUUUAUUUAUUUUACUCUUUUGCUGUAAAUUUGCAAUAUCCUUAUUUAAUUUUGCAUUUACCACUCUGGUUGCAUGUAAUAUGCACAAAACCAUCAAGAGGAGCAACAUAUUAAACAUGUCAGAAUCAAUAUACUGCUUAUUAAUAACCACUGUAGCUCAUUAUAGUUAAAGGGAAUGUCAAAUAUCUGAAAUGUACACACGUGACUUAUGUUAAACCUUUAUCAAAGUACAUCAUGAUCUAGUUCAGAGAAGGUAAAGCCAGGGGAAACAUUACAAAUGAAGAGACAAAACAUUGUUUAAAGGGAUAUUGUAGUCACCAGAACUACAGCUUAAUGUAGUUGUUCUGGUGUGUAUAGUAUGUCCCUGCAAGAUUUUUAAUGUAAACACUUAGAAAAGGCAGUGUUUACAUUGCUGUCUAGUGACCGCUCUAAUGGCAGUCACUCAGAUGACCACCAGAGGUGCUUCCUGGGUCAGUGCUUUCCAAUGGGAAAGCAUUGGAUUGGCUGAGAUCUUAAAUUUUGAUUAACUCAGCAAAGGAGGAUGAUAAAGUGCCGACGGACCCACGCAGCACUGGAAUAGAGGUACGUUUUACAGCUUUUUAAUACAACCUGACCUUAUAGUGUUCCUUCAAUUUCUCCUCUUUUUUUGUACAUUUCCUCUCUGCCAGGUGCAAAGGACAGAGCUGUGGAUUUAUGUAUUUAAUUUUUUUUCACACCUUACUAAUGCAUAUUUGAUAAAUCUAGGAAUAGGUAAAAAUAAUAGAUAAAAACUGUCCUUAGGAUUUUUAAGUCUGCUUUUUUCUUACUCCCACAUUUAAAAUACUUGUCUUGCACAUUUGCCAGAUUGAUGGUAUGUCUGGAUUGAUCCUCAGCUGCUUCCAACAUUGCCUGCAUAUUUACCACACAGAAUGUCAGCUCAUGGAAUUAUCGGAGGAUGUGUUUCUUCAGGAUAUGCUGCAGAAGAUCAUGAAUACCUCCUGGCAGUCACGGUCAAGAUAUACUCCGCUCUGUGCAUUGAUACCCUUCCUAGGACCUAAUCCAGUAAGAUCCUAGAUUUGGAUAAAUAAAAAUUCAUGGAAAAUGAUGUAAUGGAACCUGCGGAAACGUUAAUCUGCUAAAUGCUGUAUUUUUUUUGUCUAUGCCUUUAAUGACUUGUAGUACUCUUUCCAGCAAACAUUUUUCAUAGUGAAUCAUGUCUGGUUUUCGAAUUUUGAAAUUGACCAUUGACUGUAUUUCCACUCUGAAAACCUUAAAAACCCCAUGUUCAUUGAACAAGUUAAGGCUCCCAGAUUUCCCUUGUCACUGUGUCCCUGCAUUCUGUAACUGGAGACUGCAGUAGUUAGUAAAUGUUGCUAAUGAUAUAGAACUGCCCCCUUCCCCUGUGACUUCAGUGGAUGACAUUUACUUUUCCUUCUUUGCUGACCAAGAUCCAUUCAGGUGUUUACUAAGUGAGGGCAUGCGCAUCAAAUCGGCUUACUGUGCAGUUGCACUGAUGACUGGAACUUUGACUGGGGAUUGAACCCUUUUAAAUCCUACUAAACAAUAUUUUAUGGGAUAGGACAAAACAUAGACCAACAUGCAACUAGUCAGUAUUAUUUUUAGUAGUGUUAUUGGAUGUCAGAUGAUCAGUUAUAUUCUGUUUUUGUUUACAGACCCUCACUAUGUACCCAAAUCUCCCAGCUCACCUGUUCAAUUGCCUUUCCACAAACUAUUUGUGUCCUCCUGCUUCAGAGACCUAUCGUAUCCUCAUAACACUGCAACGGAAGGAGUGGAGCCUAGAGGUCCAGCAGGAUGAGAAGGAGUUGGGCAGAUGCUGGGCAAUGACCUGGCUUAGUCAUCUUUGUGAUGCACUUAGAUCCACGGAAAGCUCCCUACAAAGUAAUGCUGCCACACACCUUCUGCCUUGCACCCUUAGCUGCUUCUCAGAGUCUUUUACUUUGCUGUCAGAGCAACUCAGUGGUCCUAGUCCUUCAGAUCUGUGUGGGUGGAUCUGCCUCCUACGUGCACAGAAAGUGGUUUUGGGUGGGGUGACUGAAGAUGUGGAGAAGAGGUUGCAAGCAUGCCUGGAGUCUGCUGAUGAUGGAGUUCGUCUAAAUGCUCUGAGUUUCCUCUGCUGUGGUACUCGAACCAGCCAGCCCCUUUCGCCACAGGAGCUCCGUCUUCUCAGAACCUUUUUCCCAUAUAACCUGGGAUGUGACAAUUCUGGCUUCAGGCAGCAGCUACAGGCUACUCUUCGUAGAGCCAUUGAAAGACUACGAGAUGGAGCUUUGACUGCUCUUCGCAAAGGACGGAGCCAAGAAAUAGGCCUUUGCCAAGCAAUAGGUACAAGCUGCACCCUCACAACAAUUAACCGUUCUUUUUUUAUUUGGCCGAACUUGUUGGAUACACUACAGUGUAACCCUAACAUCACCCAUAAGAUUAAUAAAUGGAAGACUAAUAGAUAAAGGUGACCAGAAGCUAGCUUUUAUAGGAUCAUGUAAUUUUAGGGUAUAGUGAGUUUAACAAUCCCACAAACCAUUAGAUGGUAUGUUAGUGUUUUAAAAAUGAAUUAUUAUUUUUUUACAACCAUUUUACAUGAAUUGCUGUCACUCACACAUCCUAGAGUAGGAAUGAUCAGGAGAUGUGGAGCUAUAAGGAUCUCUGCUAAUUUUUUAAUUCUGUAUUUUAUAAAUAUGUCUACUUAUUGCUACACUUUUUAAUUUUUUCUAAAGGAAGACUUGCCAGGUUCUCCCUGAAGCCCAAUCCCCCUUGGCUAUCCUCACUCCCUGCGCUGGAGAAGUAGGGAGGUCAGGACGAAUGGACUGGGGGGGCAUGCCAAAUUUGGCUCUCUGCCAUCAUGCCUAGGAUAGCAUACAAUACUAAUUUUGCACAGCACUGACAUUAGCAGCCCAAACCUUUGUUCUGGGCUGCCAAAUUAUGCUAACAGAGGUGGAGUUACACAUCUGGAAGCUUAGAACUUAAUCUACCUGUGUGUAGCUUUUAAAAGCAAAACACUGCACAUACAGACUUCAGGCACCAUGACCAUUUCAAAUCAAUGGAAUGGUCAUGAUGCUUGAGAUAACCCUUUAAAGCGACCCUCACUGAAUAAAAGGUGUAUGUAUGUCUCUGAUGUAUCAUACAUAAAAUCAUGCUGGAGUGUUUUUUUUUGUUGUUGUUUUGUUUCGAUGAUUCCAGAUGAUUUAAAAAACAAAAAAAUUUUCAUUCACGUUUUCCCCCCCAAUACCAAGAGGAAGCUUAUAAGACUCUUAACAGGAAAUGUACAGCCAUAUAUUUCACAUACAACCGCAUAAAGCUUCAGCUGAAAGAGAAAUUGUGUAUAAUGUCAUACAUGUCAGCGUUCUCUGUAAUUCUCAGUGGAAUGCUAGAAGGUUAGAAUUGGCUCUGAUAUCUGUCAUUUUAUAGUAAACCAUGUUUAUUUCAUACAUUAUCUCCAUAACAUAUGACGCAAAUCUACUAUGGCCUGUCUCUUUAAUGCAGUGAAAUUGAAACCUGAAUCUGAAUAGCAUGCCGGGUCAUGUGACCUUUUCUCUCUUAUAACCUAAUCAGAUUUUUUGGAGUGGUUGCUUCAAUUAAGUGUCUCUACAAUCUCCGCUGCUGGAAAUUACCAACGCCGCUGCAGUGGUCUGCUCACUUUCUCUGCCUUGCUAGAAUGCUGCUCUGACUGCUGGACCCCCCAGAAGAAGAAAGGACAACCUCCCAGUGAGUAAUUUUCAAUACAAAAGUAUAUUAGGAUCCCGAAUAAUUUAAUAGUCCAUAGAUGCAGCUGUAAAAUCCAGAUUAAUUAAAAUUGUUCAUGAUGCCCCGUGAAGGGUCACUCAAUGUACCUACCUGCAUAAUUAGGAGCUGAAGUGGACUGUCACAUUCAAAUGUACCGUAUAUACUCGAGUAUAAGUCGAGUUUUUGCAGCACAUUUUUUGUGCUGAAAAACCCCCACUCAUCUUAUACUCAUUACAAGCCCGGCGGUCCUGUUGGGGGCUGGCAGCGAGCUGUAACUUACCUUUCCUGCAGCUCCUGUCAGCUCUCUUCUCCUCUGGUCCGGUCAGCUCCACUGCAAGUCUCGCGAGAGCCGCAGGGUCAGAGCGUUGCCGCGGGUUACCGUGGCAACGUUCCGCGGCACUCAGACCGCGAGACUUACAGGGGAGCUGACCGGACCGGAGGAGAAGGUUGCUGACUGGAGCUGCAGGAAAGGUAAGUUACAGCUCCCUGCCAGCCCCCCUCCUGCACAGUACACACCACUGGACCAACAGGGAAUGAGAGCCCCCCUCCCUGGCCAUGUAUCAAGCAGGGAGGGGGGACGAAAAUAAAUAAAUAAAAAUGUAAAUAAUAGUAAAAUAAAAAUAUUAAUAAAAAAAAGAAUAUUAAAAUAAUAAUAAAAAUGCCCACCCCCCACCAAGGCUCUGCAUCACAUACACACAUGUGCGCUGCAUUCAUACACACACACUGCAUUAUAUAUAUACACACACUGUAAAUAAAUAUUCAAUUAAUAUAAUUUUUGGGGGAUAUAAUUUUAUUUAGAAAUUUCCCUCCCUAGUCUUAUACUCGAGUCAAUAAGUUUUCCCAGUUUUUUGGGGUAAAAUUAGGGGUCUUGACUUAUGUUCGGGUGACUUAUACUCGAGUAUAUACGGUAAUUGUUACACUUUAUUAGCAGCUGGGUGCCUUCUUUCAUUGUCUUUCUCAACAGAUGCAGAUUGGAGUGUGCUGUGUUGUUUACAAGGCAUUCUGUUCUAUAUUAGUGUGUAUUGUGGGAGUGCCCACACACACACACAUACAUCUAAUAUGCAGAAUAAAAAUCACACAUAAAUAGUAUAUAACUUUUAACCGGUACUUAUGCAGAUGACUAAUUUUCAAUCGCAUUAGAUGAAUACAGUGUUUUUCGCACCAACAAACAAAUUGUAUCUGCUUCAGAUGCAUUUUUACACAAGUGCCUUCAACUUUCUCCAUUUUUCCCUAUCUUUUAAUAGGCGAUAUGUCUGUAUUGCUCACCUAUGCAAGACAGAGAGGAUGCUGGGAUUUUUUCUCUGUGUCCAACAUGAAGGCACUUCUUGGAUGCAUUCAAGAUAGCACUAAUGAGGUAAACAGGCCAAUGCUUUCCUUAUUUUUUUUUAACAUCAAAAUACAUUGUUAUAAUUGCAUGUUUUGAGGGUAAAACCUUUCAAAACAGAAAAGAAUGUUGGAUGUAUAAUACUGCUGUUUUUAGGCUCUGUCUCCCAAAAGGACUUUAUUAAAAUGCUCAUGAUCAAAAAAGGCUUUUUUUUAUUUUUUUAUUUUUAAUAUUAUUCUAUGUAUAAUGUGUCCUCCAGCAAGCUUUAAGUGCAUGGAUAAAACAAAAAUUACAAGCUGGCAGUUUUUUAGAUUGUCACGCAAUCUAGCAAAAUAUCCUCUAUUCUUUCUUUAGCAGACAUAAAUAUUUUCAUAUUUUUAAAAAAACAGGUUUUUUAACCUUUUUUCUUACUUGAAUAUGGUCCAUUACCACUGCUCACUUCUAUUUUAAACGUUGCAAUAUGUAGAGUGAAGGUUUGCCCUGUAACUAUUGUUUUGGCACUGUUACCCAUUUAACAGAUCCGCGAGAUGGCAUCUGAUUUGUUGGUGCGUUUUUUCCUUCCUGCCCCAGAGCCUGUUUUCCUCCCACUAUAUGAGUUGGGAAAAGCCAUUCUAUGCAGUCCCAGGGUGCCCUUAGCUGAAGUUGGUGCUCUCAUAAUGAAGACGCUGCUGCAGAGGUAUGUAGUAAAUGGAGAAGAACAGCAGGAUUUCUGUAACAUAGAGUGUGCUUGUCUUAAUGUUUUUUUUUGUUUUUUUUUUAACUCUAAAUUAACAUAGAUGUGAAGGCUCCUACAUGUCAGUUUAUGACUUACUUUACUUUAAUGCAGGGGUUGACAUCCUUCAGUACACUACAUGGUGCUGACUCCCAUAAUGUUCUUACAGGCAUCAUGCUGGCAAAAGUUAGGGGAGAUGUAGUCCUACUUUAAUUUCAUCUACGGUUUUACAAAAUUCAAAAGAUCACUCCAACAUUGACCAUAAAUAUACCUGUUCUGAACAUUGAAGUGGUGCUUUUGUAAUUAAGAUUGAGCCCUCAUUGUCCAAAUAGAAAAGUAGGACCGUUUCCUCCCAGCAGCUACUGCACCCGCAAUAAGAUCAGCAUUGGUGAUCUCUGGUGCAUUCCAACGCUUGUCAGAGAAGUACUGUCAAUCAACGGUGCAUGCGCAGCUAUUGCCAAAUUGUAACCGCUGGUGGUUCCCUUAUUUACCACUAUAAUGUCUUAAAGCAUAGAACUUAGUAGGGCUAACCAUACAGAUAUCUUAGCCAUAAUUUUAUAUAGUGUAAGAGAUCCUCUAUUUAACAUAUGUAAAUAAUUGAGAAUACAAUAUAAAAUAAGGAUUGUCUUGGAAGCAAUCGUUUUGUCUUUUGGAUAUUUAUUAUAUAAAAAUAUAAAAUCCAUUAUAGCAGAGUUUAUAAGAUUAAAUUACAUGCUUGCAAAUAUCAUUAAUAGGUUAACAUACCCUUCUGAACAUGUCAUCAUGUCAGCCUCUCUGUCAUUUUAAGAUGGAGCAGCGUCUGUCUCCAAGUCUCUCCUCUGUGUCUUAACAUUUAAAAGUACACCUAUUUAUACCUUAGGUGUAUCCAUUUUAGGUUACUGUAGUUCAAAUAUGAAAAAGUAACACUUCUUUUACUUUAUUCAUUUUAAGACCUCCCUUAAUUUGGCAAACAUACAAGGCCAUAACUAAAGGGUGUAUACGUCAUGGAAAUUUUCCUGACUUAGUUCAAGAUGGCAUCUUAAAGUCUGAAUAGGUUAUCUGUUGUUUAUACUAAGUCGUAAGUGUACAGUAGUGGGAGAUUCCCAGAUUUGGGGAAGUUCCAUUAACUUGGGGUUACCACAGUAUAUUGUGUACUGCAAGUGUCGUAGUAUAGCCUUGAAGCUUGUUUAUGCAUUAUUGUUAUUGUAAUUCGUCUGGGACAAAAUGGCGCAAACAUAUUAUGCACUGAGGUUAUUGCUUAAAGAAACCGUUAUGAUAAACAAUAUGUUCCAUUUCUAACACCUUGUCAGUUUGCAAUAUCUCUUAAAGACAAAGUACACAGUUUAAGAAAUACAACAUUUCAUUCUAAAACUUGUAAUAUUUGUAUUUGCCCAUAACAAAAUCAUUGACAUGUUCAGUAUUAUCUUGAUAUGUGUGAUGAGGCUGAAUGUGGAAACCUUCAAAAACUUAAGGUGUUAAGGAAGAUGUAUCUCUAGUGGUUGUCAAUCAGUGUGUUUUUUUUGUUUUCUUGGACAAAUUUAGGCAUUGCCAUCUGCUUAGUGUGUCCCUUUAUGUCAUGACAUUUUAAGUAGUGACUAAUUAUUGUCACCACUUUGGUACAGUCCACAGGGAGUGGUUGUGUCGCCAGAAAAUGAACCGGUCACCAUGCUGCGCCUUGUGACCUUUCUUAUAGAGAUGUUACAGGAGCACUACAACUGUGCCCGGGACAAUCUUCUACUGGCUGCAACAUCCAAGCCACUUCAUGGUGAGCAUAGAUUAAAGAAAAUGCUAAUGACAUGCUAAACAUUAGAAAAUGUUAAACUAGAAUUCACAAAUGUAAACAAGCCAAUCAAAUGUAUAAAGGCUAAUUAUAAUACAAGAACGAGCCACUGUAGACUAAUGACUUCACAAGACGAAGAUUUACGUGUGUUUUGGAUCACUGGUUUCAACUGCUUAAUCAGGUUAGCAGCAGCUAGCAGACAACAUAUUUUUCUAAUAUGUGGUUGAAUUCAGUGUACAUAUAGAGUUUAGUAUUCUGUAUGCUUUUAUAUACAUUCUAAAAAUUGUUUUAGUAAAUACAUCUUGAAAUUCUCUAGCACUGACAGUGUAUCUAUCUAUCUUAAAACCUGUAUCAUCUAUAUAUCAUAGGACUAGUAGAUGCUUUCUACAAACUGUAUAUAGUUUCUAGUCUAGUUGAGCAAGGUUCAGUGACAUGUGAGGCAACUAUUUGUAACUGCCCAUUGAUAUCACAUUCCAUAAUUAUGGUUAUAGAGGAACACUGUAAUCUGCAAAUACUGACAAAUGAUUAUUGAUGUCUACUUCAAGAUUAUUUAUAAAUGGAUGACAGAGAAGUGCACCCAGGACAGAACCCUGAGGGACACCACUUACCAUUUUUGUCCAAUUUGAAAAUGUUUCAUUUACAACUACUCUCUACACUCUGUCGUGUUCUAUCUAAGAGCAUGAUUUUUCAUCUAAACCAAAUGAUUUCAGUUUUACUGGUAACCUUUUGUGUAGAACUGUAUCACAUGCCUUGGCAAAAUCCAAGUAGAGCACACCUACUGGAACAUCCUGAUCUAUAUUUCUACUUACUUCUUCAUAAAAUGUAAUUAAGAUAGUUUGGUAUGACCUGUCUUUCAUAAAACCUUAUUGAUUCCUGCUAAUUAUAUUUUUGUUCAAAAGGAAUUCUUGAAUAUUCUCCCUUAACAGCCAUUCAAAUAAGUUUCCAACCACAGACGUUAAGCUCAUGGGUCUGUAGUUUUCUGUUGAGCUUUGAACCGUUUUUAAAUAUAGGCACCACACACCCCCUUUUUUAACCAAUCCUCUCAAUCCUCUGGUACAAUUCCUGAAGGAAACAAAUCCUGAAAAGUCAAAAGCAGUGUUCUUGCUAUAUCUAUGCUAAUCACCCAAAGCACAUGUGGGUGAAUACCAUUGAGCCCCUGUAGUUUUGUUUACAUUAACUUUAGUUUCUAAAGCACCUUUAUUCUGUGUUACCUGAUCACCUGUUCAUUGAAAGGCCUUUGUAAAAUAUAUUUGCAAAUCUACAGCCACAGAUUUUUUCUUUCCUAAAUGCUGAAGAAAAAUUUAAUUAUUUAGAAUUUUCCUGAUCCUCCUUGAUUAACUCACCCAUCACACUUUCCUAUGGACCAACAUUUUAACUCUUAACCUUUUUAGUAUUAAAAACACUUUUUGGGGUUGGUCUUGCUCUCUUUGUCUACGAGCUUUUCAUUAUCAAGUUUAACUAAUCUUUCUUAUGCAAACCCUAUUGGCAUGCUUAUAUUUGUUAUAGGAUGCAAUCAACCCAUGUGAUUUUAAAUAUUUGGAAUGCCUUUUUCUUAUCUUUUAACAUUUGACUGAUACUUGUACUUGGACACAUUGGAUUUAGUUUUGUUUGCAUAUCUUCUCUAACAGCCAACCCUCUCUUCCUGUGUAGGGGUACUUUCAGCUCUACGUCUCUGUUUGUUAGAGGUGCCCGCUGUGUCGCAAUCCUUUUCACAGUCUAACCUGACUCCCAGUUGGCGCCCCCUCCUUUCGUGCUUGGUGAGCACUUUGCAAGAGAUCGCAUCCUUUAUCCUGAGUGCUCUGCACAAAGCAUGGGAUGAGGACAUUCCAGGUGAGAGAUGGGCACCUAAUGCUCAUUGUUUGUAUCUCAAACUCCAACUUAUCCAGACAUCACACUGAGGUGUGUCAUGUUUAAUAGACAGAAACUUUACUUUAAUACACCUAAGAAGCCACAAAAUAUUAGAUUUACACAAUUAUCCUGUUUUUUCAUAUAUAUUUUAAAGAAUGUAAGAUUUCUCAACAUUUGCACGUUAUGUGAAUUCCUUGAUUAGUUAUAGCUAUAGAGUUGGUGGCAUCUACCACAUUUUAUUUUUCAUGCAUUAAUGAAUAACAAAAAUAUGUGUAUAAUCCCAUUCACCCCUGGCACUUCUCUGUGUCCAAUAAUGAGGUCCCCAGUCUAUCCAAGAGUCAAAUCCCUCAGUCUAAGUAUUGAAUCUAGCCAUAACCACUGGUAACAUUUUUAAGAAAUGUUAAUUGGUAAAACCCCCCCCCCCCCCCCCCCCAAAAAAAAAGUCCAUGCAGAAUAUAUGAUAAUGGAGCAUCUGCCAGGAUUCAUUUUACUUGUUUGAAUUUGUUGGCAAUUGUGUACAAAUUAGUCAUAAAAGAAACAAACAAAGUACCCUACAGUACUUGUGUCCCCUAGUAAUGUUAAAUUAAAUCUAUAAUAGCAGUGGCUAUGGCAAUAAGGCUGCAGUUCUUUAUGGUGCUAGAGAAGGCAAUUAUUGUAAUUUUUUUUUUUUUUUUUUUUUCGUAAGUUUCUUAUUAUAAAUGUUAAUAUUGUGUUUGUGGGUGUGGGUGUAGAUGCAGUUGCACCAUCUUUUGAGGAUAUGGGGAAGGCAGUGAAUGCUUUGAUUGCACAGGGAUGUGGUCUGGAUGAAGUACAUGGAUCAGUUCUUAUAUCAGAAGAGCACAGUCUCAUCAUGACUUGCUGUUGGGUCUCAUUAAAGGUGAAUAUUGAUUGCCCUUAUACAAAAAUAUUUAUUUUUCAGUAAGUGAAUUUGGUAACCUGAUACUUGAAAUGUAUUUUCACAUGUGGGAUUUUUUUUUGAUUUUUUUUCUCUGCUGUCCCAGGAAAUCGGGGUGCUAUUGGGACCUCUAGUGGAGAGAUUGAUUUCUGCCCCAGUUCCUUUAUUGUCUGUCUCUGCAGUACAAGAAUCUGUUGCAACUUAUCAGGAUAUAUUUAUGCGAUGCCGUCACUGGGUGAGUUAUGAAAACGUCUUGCAGCAGAGAGUUGGCAGCCUUUGACAUUGCCAUGCAAAUGUAAUUGGUCAAAACCGUAUGAGGAUAUUUUCACAUUCUCUCCAUAGAUCGAAUUGUCUGAAAUGUUAUUAUUCAUCGAUACAACCAAAUACAUAGGAUUUUACAAGUGGCUAAUCCGAAAACAUUGCUUUUUAUAUGAGUGUGAAUUGCACUUAUAUACUAUUGCAUGUCUUAAUUGCAAUCCCUUUAUUUAUAUUAUAAAUUACUUUUAUCUUACGAUAGAUAUAUGUAAAGUGAUAAAAAGGUAAUUUUCUCAUUUUAUUUAGAUAGAAAGGCAAAACUAUGGCAAGUGGAGAUGGCUGUUCUGUGUUUUUGUUUUUAAUCUCUUUUAUAACCGGAUUAAUAGUGUAAUUUUAUUUGCAUCCUUUAGGGUGCAAUAGAGGGCUGCAUUGCAGGAUUUACUAAGCUUUGCUGUGCGUUGCUUUGCAAUGAAGAUCAAAAACUGAGCACUAUCCCUGGAAACAUAAUGGAACAGGUGCAUGAUACAUUUGUACAAAUUUAUCUCAUUUUACACAUUUUUCCUCUCUAACUUUUAUUUUCACUCCAUCAUUUUGUCCAGGGUCUGGCUGAAUGUCGCUCUCAGCACUCUGUCUCUGUCACACGUAGAGGCGCUGGUUUCCCUGUUCUCCUCCAGAGCAUUCUGUGUGCAGAAGGGUCACCGCACACAUUGUUAGUAUCCUGUGUGAGUUCUUUAUUAGAACUGGCCAAGGAACCACUGCCUUCUGACUGGGAUCUGACCAGGGAUCUUCCACAGGUAACUGCCCUAUAAGGCAUAAGCAUAUUAUUGAAGCCUGUUUGAGCAUACUACCACCAGGUUUAAAAUUGUAUUUUUUUUUUAUUUUAUUUUUUUUAACAGGUUUCUGCAGUGCACGCUCUUCAAACAAUGCUGCGUUCUUCUGUCCUUCGAUCUAAUCUGCUCACCCAUGCUGUCAAACUGAUGUCUCUUGCUCUCCACAAUCUGAGGAGCCCAUGCUGGUCCAUGCGUAAUGCAGCUUUACAACUUUUCAGUAAGUCUUGUGUUAGAGUUGCAGUAUUCUCCAGACAUCACCAAUGUACAUUUGAAAGUUGCAUUAUAAUUUGCAUGUUUUUCGUCUAAUCUGUUUUUUCAGUCUGGUAUUUUGUGUUGCCACCACAGGUGCCUUGACAGGGGGUAUGCUGGGCUUGUCUCGCAGUCAUGGGGACAGUUCAGUGAAGAGCACUGUGUCUGUGGGUGCUUUGCUGAGAAGGUUCCCAGGACUUAAGAAUGUGCUCCUGCAGGAGCUACAAGACUCUCAGCAGUCAGGGAAGGUGCUACACCCCAGUUUACAUCCAGUCUUAACACUUCUUGCCAGACUGCAGCCAGGAGGAGACAAUGAGGCUGAGUAAUUCUGGGUUAUCCAACUAGUUGGGAGGCUCGGGAUUUAAGAGUGAAACACUCUAUAAUACAGGUUGUUUGCAGCCUAUGUGCUGCCUAUUAAUGGAUAUUUUAUUUAUUUAUUUAGCUGUUUUCUGGAUCCUCUGCUGUGCCUGGCUGGAAAUCCUAUAUAUGCAGUACGACUCAUAGCGGCUCGUGCAAUUGUACCCAUUGUCCAAGAGGACAAUUAUCAUCCUCUGCUAUUACAGUUGGCUCAGAGCAUACCCAAAUCAAGCGGAGUAGUGUCCCACAAUGCACUACAUGGCUGUCUUCUACAAAUCCAUGCUCUGCUGGCUGAAACAUUGAAAGAAAACCGGUAAGGGAGAAAUAAGACAAAUACAGCUUAUGCAGCACAAACGCGUGUGUCUUUAUAUGUACAAGCAACUUAAAAAAUGUCAUGGUGUUUCAUUACUUUGAUUGGGAAUGUCUGAACUAAAACGGAUUUGCUGCCACCUUACCAAGAUGUUUCUAGUGAAGCGCUGUAUUCUCGAUAAUGUUGUAGGCUUUGACCACACAUUGUGGACAAUGGGGCAAAUGGCGCAAUUAAUUGGGUUUUGUGGAGAUAUCUUCCUAGUCAGAGGAAAUUUGUGUUCCUUGUGAACAAUAACUUUUUUUUUUUUUUUUGUUUAGUUUUCAUUUUUAGUGCAACAACCUCUGCUUGUAGGAUAGUUUCCCCAUGUGAUAAUUUCCAUAUGUAUUUGUACGGAUUGACAUCAUUAAGUUGAUACUUUAAGCACCAAAACCACUAUAUCUUAAUGCAGUGGUUUUAAUGAAAAAACCCUGUCCUUGCAUUCCGAUAAAUAUAAACAUUGCCAUUUGUGAGAAAAUUGCCAUUUGCUGAACAUGUCCAGUAUGUAUAUGUGUAUAUAUAUAUAUAAUUAAAGGGUUAGCUCAGUCACACUAUCCACCACAAUGCAAUGUAGUGGCUAUGGUGCAGAAAGUCCCUCAGCACUGACCCACAGUAAGUAACUAAACUAUUUUAAAUGGAUUGACACCUGAGUCUCCUGGGUACCUGCAAUCUGGUCUGUUUCUCUGAUCUAGCCAAAGCAAAAGAGUGUGUCGUCCUACAAAUUCCAUACAAAUACGGGCAGAACUGAUGACUGUAAUAUAAAAGUCAGAACAUUUGCUUUAGUGAUAUAUGAAGAGAGGCUGAAAUGUGAGUUCUCUGGAAACCCAGGUAAGUGUUGUGGGGCCAGGACGUCGCUUAUCUUCAAGAGACCGUUUUUGUGAUUAUCCGAGCAUGUCUCGUGGCGUGAAGAGGAUAAUUAAGAAUUAUUGGUGCAUCUGGCUAUAUCUGAUUUGAAAAUGCAAACACAAGAGGAGUUGUAGUGCAAAAAUCUAGGUAGUUGAUUUUAAUCUGGUUAUGAGUCUGUGAUAGAAAUGAAACUAAUCUGAAUAUAUUCAGUCUUCUUACGAGCUUUACCUUUCUUUCCUUUCCCUUGUGUUUCCUCCUUGUCCCAUCGUCUUGCUUUUUCAAUCCUCCCUUGUCAGCCUACCAGAGAGUUUUGGAUGUGCCUUUGCCCAGAGGUUGCUUCCAGCCCUUUGGCUGCUUUCUCCAAGUCAAAAAUGUCCUUUAAUUCGAGCUUCAUUCCUUGAUGUGCUUUCUCUGUUGGUGCCAAUGGGUGGUGCAGAGUAUGCACGACUGGUGGAUGAGGCUGUUUGCACAGCACUCAAAGCACAGGAUUCCGAUAAACAGGUAGAUAUAAAUGUGAAAUGUUUUGUUUGUUUAGUUUUCUUUUCAUUCUCUGUAGACCUUUUCCUUUUUUUCCUUUCUUCUCAUCUAUAAUUUUUUGCUCCCUUGCCUUACAGGUGGGCUCUGAUGUUUUCCAUGAGGCAUGUGUUCUGUAUAUGUGCAAAGAGUCUGACAGGUUGUCUGAUCAUGUCAACCCAGUUGUGCUCCAACUUCUUCAGGAUGGUGACCCUGCUCUGUACAAAUGGCUCAAGGGGAAAAUUAAUUGUGAUAUAUCUUCAUCAAUGGGCAAGGCUGUGAGAGAUGCCCUUCAGGUAAAGUUAUGCAAAGAUAUUCUCACUAACUAAAGUGUUUUCAUGGAGCUGUUCUUCACAUUCAAGGUGUUUUGUUUUUUAGGACAAAUUAUGUUCAGUGCUGCUUUCUGGUACUGCCCCUGAGGAUCUAAGACCGUGCCUGGAGGCUUUUGUUCAUGUGCACAGUAUGUGCUUUCCAUCGUAUGUUCUCAACUUGCCUGAAAAGCAGGAGAUACGCUGUGCACACAUUCUUCUUGGUCUUCUGGAAUCUGGUAGAGAAGGACCUCAGCUUCAGGGACAGGCCCUGAGUGCCGUCGGCUUGUUGCUAAAACAUGGGUAAAUUCAUAGCCAGAGCCAAUUAUGAUAUUAAUGGGGUUUUCUCUGACCUAUUGAAUGUAGAGAGUGUUGAUUUCAGCUGACAUGAAACCCUUUAUGUGACUUAGAGUUUGUUAUUCAGAGAGUAGGUUUUUUGUGUGUCUUGUUGGCUUACAUCACUUAAAGGGAUACGCUAAACACCAAAACCACUACAGUAUGAUAUAGUAGUUUUUGUGCCAGGAGUCUCCUAGUGCUGUUGAAAAGGGUUUGACACUUUGCCACAUGGUCUGGCUCUUCUUCAGAUAUCAGUGCAGAAGUUCCUACUAAAACCUUCUCCAAUUCGUAAUAUCCAACAUUAGUAUGCUAAUAUGUAAGAAUAAACUUGCGCUUUAGCAUAGCUAUGCAGACUGGAAUGAUAGAAAGCCAGGUAAGUGUCAAAUUAUUAAUACACUGUUUGACAUGGGUUGACACUAAGGGACUUCUGGCAUUGCACUGUUGUGAAUUUUAGUUUUAGAGUAUUCCUUUUAGUGAUUCCUGUAUCCCAAUCAGGACCAUGCUACAGGACAUCUCGGUUUGCUCAAGAUGGCUGGAUGUUCUCUCAUGUUGUGCUGACCCGGUUUCAUCCUGCGAGGAGCUAAGGCUGGCUGCUGCACAUGCUCUACACCUUGGCGGAGCUGACCUAGUGAGACAAGCACUUAGUGACAGUACCUGUGGGUUGACACAACUGGCUGUAAGGCAAGAAGGGUCUAUACUAUGGAUGUCAAUAUUUCAAAGUUUUUCUCUAGGCAUGCUUACAUAUUCCAUUCUCCACCUUUUUUUCUUUGUCCUGUUCCAAUUUGUGUGUGUUUGGAUUUUCUUGGUUCUCUCUCCUUUAAAGACUUAAUUCCUUUUAGCUAUUUCUCCACAUUUGUUUCAAUCUUUCUUUCAUCCUGUAACUGUCACUUCACUUUAGUAUUUUCCACAAAACUUCACCUUUUUAUUAGGGCCUUAAGCUAUGGAGUUGAUCUCUUGCAAGACGAAGAACGGAGUGUAAGAGAUGCUGCCGCCAGAUUUGCUGUUGUUGCCUUGGGUAAGCCAGUUGAGAUGACUUUGCAGAGUGAUCGGGCUCUUCUGCAUCUCCUCCAGCUCUUGAGGGACCACUUCUGGGAUUGUGAGGAAAUGUUUCAUUCACUUUUAAUCCGAUUGCCUCCAUGUGAUCUUCACACAGCACUUACAACUCUCCAUGACAGGUAAAUGAGUGAGGAAACAUGCUUUACUAUAACACACAGAAUGUGCUAAAUACUUGUUAAUCAUUGAUGAAAAUUACAUGUGGUAGCAUGUCUGUUACAUCCUGCCUAUCCAUGUUCAGUGAUGCAGCUCUACAUUUUGUAUGAGAGCCUUGAUUUGAUAUAUUUUUCCAACUGUUUCCUUAAUACUUGUGCUAAGGUGACCAGCAGUGUGGGGUAACAUCUGCACAUGUCAGCAUUUUUUUUUUUUUUUUUUUAUAUAUAUAUUUUUAUAUACAGUACAUUGAUCAGCCACUCCAUUAAAACCAAUGAAGUGAAUAACAUUGGUUAUAUUGUACAAUGGCACCUGUCAAGGGGUGGGAUAUAUUAGGCAGCAAGUGAACAGUCAGUUCUUGAAUUUCAUGUGAAUUUCUGGUGAAUUAGAGUACCCAAGGCUCAUUGAUGCACAUUGGGAACAAAGGCUAGCCCGUCUGUUCUGAUCACAUGGAAGAGCUACUGUAGCUCAAAUUGCUGAAAAAAGGUAAUGAUGGCCAUGAUAGAAAUGUGUCCAAUUACACAGUGCAGCACAGUUUGCUGCAUAGCCGCAGACUGGUCAAAGUGCCCAUGAUGACUCCUGUCCACCGCACAAAGCACCUUCAUUGGGAACCUGAGCAUCAGAACUGGACCAUGGAGCAAUGGAAAAAAGUUGACUAGUCUGAUGUAUAACAUUUUAUUUUCGAUCAGGUGAUUGGCCACAUUUGUGUGCAUCAUUUACUUGGGGAUGCAGUAUGGGAAGAAGACAAGACCGGCAGAGGCAGUGUUAUGCUUUAGGCAAUAUUCUGCUGGGAAACCUAUGGUCCUGGCAUUCAUGUGGCUUUUACUUUUACACGUACCUACUACCUAGAGAUAAUUACAGAUCACGUGUACCCUUUAAUGUUCCCUGCUGGCAGUGGCAUCAUGCAACAGAAUAAUGCACUCUGCCACAGUGCAAAAAUAGUUCAGGAAUGUUUUGAAGAACAUGACAGAGUUCAUGGUGUUAUGGAGUCCAUACCUCGACGCAUCAGAGCUUUUUUGGAAGCACGAGGGAGUCAUACACGAUAUUAGGAAAGUGGUUUUAAUGUUGUGGUUGAUCAGUGUGCAUGUGUAUAUAUAGCUACAUUAUUAAUUUUGUGUGCUUUUAUUUUUUUUAUCUUCCAAAAGCAAUAACAUUUUUUUUGGCUCACCUUACCCUUGUAGGUCAGUCAGCCUAUAUGAAGAGGAUGAGCCCAAUGUGUUUGCAGAUCCAUUGUUUCUUUCAUCGCUAGUAUCCCCAAUACUGCAUAGUCUGCUUUGCUCUAUGUCCACCAACUCCUCAUUGUGUUCAGUCAUGCUGCAGUGGGUGAAACACACUUUCCCUAUUGUGCAAGAGCAGAUCCAACUCUGUCUUCAUUGGGUGCAAGCACAAGGUAGGUACCACUUACAAUUCGUUAUAUUCUGUAUGUCACUAUCUACUGCUCAUAGUUAAAUUUUUGUUAAGUUAAUUCUUUGUGCUUGCUCACUUUUGUAAGUGUAGAGAGUGAUGCUGUUAUAAUGUAGGAAUUCUAAAUAUCACCAAAUAUUUAACAUGGGUUCUCUAUGUUGCAGGGUCUGUCUCCCAGCUCAUGUUGAAGGCCUCUGGGUGCCCACAUGUGCAGGCUGCUGUUCUGGGAUUGCUGGAGCAUGGACAGAUACUUCUAAAAGCUAUGGAAAUAUUAACCCCUCUGCAAAUUGCACAGCUAGGAACUAAGUCGGACUGUCUUCAUGAAAGACUUGCAAUGCUGCAGGCAGAAUUCAGACCACAGAGGAUUUUACUCCCAUUUAUGGAGGCAGCAGAAUGA